UACCUAAACCAUCCAAAAAGAAAACUAAAAUCCCUAUUCACGCGAUUCUUUUCCUCUGCUCGCUGUCUUCCUCUCAAGAGAAAUCUCGAGCUCGAUCGAGAGAGGAGGUGGUGGAGGAACCCUAAAUUGUUGAAGAAUUGAGUGUUGAUUUGAUUGGAGAGGUUUCUUGGGAUUGCUUGAAGAUGCUGGACGUGUCACGGGUGCAGAAGGAGUUGGCGGAAUGCAAUAAGGACAAGGCCAUUUCCGGCGUUAGCAUCAACCUCCACGGCGGCGAUGACUUGUCGCACCUCGAAGGCACCAUCUCCGGACCCGUCGGUACCCCUUAUGAGGGUGGCACUUUCCGGAUUGACGUCCGAUUGCCAAGUGGCUAUCCUUUUGAGCCUCCUAAGAUGCAGUUUGUGACAAAAGUUUGGCACCCAAACAUUAGUAGCCAAAAUGGAGCAAUUUGCUUGGACAUUUUGAAAGAUCAAUGGAGUCCUGCCCUAACUCUCAAAACAGCUCUCCUCUCCUUGCAAGCACUGCUUUCUGCACCUGAGCCAGAUGAUCCCCAAGAUGCUGUUGUUGCACAGCAGUACCUCCAAAACCACCCAACAUUUGUUGCUACAGCUCAGUAUUGGACAGAGGCUUUUGCAAAAAGGACUUCAGUUGGCAUCGAGGAGAAGGUGCAGAAACUGGUGGAGAUGGGCUUCCCCGAGGCAUUGGUGAAGAGCACACUGGAUUCAGUCAAUGGUGAUGAGAACAUGGCUCUUGAAAAGCUUUGCUCCAGUUAACGUCUCGCAAGUUUGUGAAGUUUACUGGACUUAAGUAUUGAAAAUGAUCUGGUAUAGUAUAGAUAAACAUCCCCAAUUGUUGUUAAGUCUGAAAACAUGGUUGAAAAAUCAAUUGAGUUUGUUUCAAUUACAGAAAUGCGUUGUAACCAAAGAAGCCCUUUGAGGUUUGUGAUGAAUUGCAGGUCUUACUAAACAGUAAAAUCAUGAGUCCACCCUCCAACAAUGGCUUUGUUUUCUCCAUUUAAUUCUUUCAAUGUUUCUCCAGUUCAUGCUGAA